AAAAGACAGACUACAAAACUAAACCACUCAGGCUAAAAAAAGUUACUAAUAAGGACUUGACACGUAGCUCAGCUCUUACAUGGCCUCCAUCCAUUACCAAUUCCUUCUCUUUCUGUCCGCAGGCAAACGCAGAACCACGUUAACAGCGGCAUUCCACGUGUUCAUUAACCGUAAACGGCUGAUACACGAGAAAGGCCCAAAAAGGCCCAAGUGCUUACUUUCCUUGAUCUCUGGAAAGUGCAGCAAAAGCUUAGUCGAUAAGCAACAGAAACGCCAACCAAAUCAUCUCCUCCGGGUCGUGCUUCUCUAUGAAGAUACGAGACUUCUGAUUUUCAAAUUAUGAUUUCCAUGUCCAUAAAGAGAGCAACAGAGAAUUUUAGAUGACUUAAGCUUCUUAAUUCAUCUUGCUCGUUUAUUAUUGAAUUUGUCCAUUCUUUCAGACCUUUGAUCGCUUGUGUAUAGUGAAUAGAUAUUCAGAUUGGGAGGCUGGUGGGAGAUAGAUGUGUUUGCCUUGGCUUGAUUUGAUUGAUUUUGAUUUUAUCUAAAUUGAAGAAGAAUAGAAAUGGAUCAAUUUCCGUCCUUGUCUUCUUCAUAUUCGGCGUCUCCGCAACUGCUGUCAAUCGACGAGACUGUGACUCUAAUUCCCGGUCUCCCAAACGACAUCGCAGCCCAAAUUCUCUCCAUGGUCCCUUACUCUCACCAUUCUCGUAUCAAAUGCACUUGUAAGGCAUGGUCCGCCUUCCUCUCCUCCAAAACCCUAAUUUCCUUCCGCCAUCACUUCCACCAUCUCAGUCAUCUCCUGUGUAUAUUCCCUCAGGACCCUUCCAUCUCGUCCCCUUACCUCUUUGAUCCUCAUAAUCUCGCCUGGCGUCCGCUCCCACUCAUGCCCUGUAACCCUCACGUGUACGGACGCUGCAACUUUACCGCCAUAUCUCUUGGUCCCAAUCUCUAUGUUCUUGGUGGGUCUCUCUUCGACACUCGGUCUUUCCCUAUGGAUCGCCCUUCGCCUUCCUCCUCCGCUUUCCGCUUCAAUUUCGUCGAAUCCUCGUGGGGCCAGCUCUCUCCGAUGCUCUCCCCUCGCGGUUCCUUUGCUUGCGCUGCAAUCCCUAAUUUGGGAAAGAUAAUCGUGGCUGGUGGAGGGUCGAGGCAUACGUUAUUUGGGGCAGCAGGAAGUCGGAUGAGUUCGGUGGAAACAUAUGAUGUUGGGAGGGAUGAGUGGGUAGCAAUGGACGGGUUGCCCAGGUAUAGAGCAGGUUGCGUGGGGUUUUUGGUAGAGAGUGGAGAGGAAAGGGAAUUUUGGGUGAUGGGAGGCUACGGGGAGUCGAGGACAAUUUCUGGAGUGUUUCCCGUGGACGAAUAUUAUAGGGAUGCUGUAGUCAUGGAUGUGAAGAAGAAUGGUUGUGGCAAGUGGAGGGAGGUUGGGAAUAUGUGGCAGGAAGGCGAGAGAGCAAGGCUUGGGAAGAUUGUGGUUGUUGAGGAUUAUGAUGGGGACGGGCCUGGUGUUUUUAUGCUCGACAAUAAUGACAUUUUCAGAUAUGACAUGGUUUCAAACUCUUGGCAAAAAGAGUCUGGCGUACCAAGAAAAGCUCCUCGCAACUCCUCAUGUGGUUUUGUGGGGUUGAAUGGGGAGCUGCUUGUAAUGACUUUUCUGAAAGGAGGUGAUGCAACAGAAAGUCGAAGGCCACGACAGCAAAAGAGGGUAGGAUCACUUCUCAUCCAAAUUUACAAUCCUAGGAAGAAGACAUGGAGAUCACUCAUUACAAAACCGCCAUUUCAUGGCCUUUUGGAUUUUAAUACAGCAGUUAUGUGCACCAUUCAAUUGUAGACAACUACAUUUUGCUAUUAUAGAAGUCAUUAAUACCUAAAUAGUUACCCAUUUGAUGUGACAAUUUGUAUGUUAUAUGAACCUUGGUUUUUUGCUCCCCUUAUAGCAAAUGGUAUGGGUUGAUGUACAGAUAGAUAAGGUGUUACAAUUUGAUGUAUCACAUUUCAUUUUUAAAUGGAUGCAAGCGCAAUAAUUGCAAUGUUGUA